AUGACAACGGCACCCUCGAUGGCGUUUUCCACCAUGGAGCUUCCUGCUCUUGAUGAUACAAUGGAGAUGGCGUCCCCUUAUCAAGGACACGCUGAUGAUUUUGACAUCGAUCUAGAUGUGAUGGAGGACCAGACUUCAAAUGCAGACAGAGAUAUGAUGGGUGCUGAUGACCUCCCCGAGGCCACCGAUAGAGCAGGAUACGACGAAGAUGGACCAAACGACGCAGAUAUGGCCGACGACGUAGUGGAGCCAACCAUGGCCGAUGCAGACGAGCAAGACCCGGAGACGAGUUAUAGCAUCGAGAUGCACUAUGGGCCAGAGAAAACCUACGAGGCGGAAAUGUUAGAAGAUGAUUACGAGGAGGACAUCGAUGCUCCCGUCUCCGAUUCCCAGGAAGAAGCUCCCCCGUCCUUUGAACAUGUAAAUAACCAAGUUGAACAAAUUGGGCCGGUGGCGGAGAAAGACAAGGUUAUUGCAGAAGACAACAAUAGGCUCACUGAGGAGCCUCCAGUUGAAAUACCAGUUGAACCCUCUGUUGAGCUAGGCCACACUCAACAUGAAGACCUUGGGCCACAGCAUGCACACCAGGAUGAUGAGAAUUUUGACCAAGGAUCCAAGACGAUUCAGUCCGAAACGGCUAAAAUUUCCGAAGGGAGCCACCAUGAUACUAACCAAACAGAGCAAACAGAUUUCCAGGAAGCAGAUCCUACAACACUUGAAUACGAUAACACGGCUCCCGAACAGUACGAAAAUGAUAAUGUCGACGAAGUCCAACCAUCGGUUGGAGAACAUCAGGAGCCCGAAGAUGAGAAAGUUGAAUACAAAGAAGUUUAUGAAGCCAGUGAAGAAGUCGAGCAUGAGCAUGAUACUCAUGAUCAUGUUUCUGCGUUGUAUACGGUGAAGGUCUACUAUCAGGAAAAUGAGAUUUCUUUAUUCCCUCCUCGGGAAGGUGAUUCUUCGGAAACUUUUUUCCUCGAAGACGAGAAUCUUGCCUAUGAACCUUUUGGGAAACUCUUUGGUUCUUGCCGUGAAGUGCUUCGCGAGCAUGUUGAAGACAACGAAAUCUUGAUUAUUGACAUUGAGGCGCUGAAUUUACAACUAACCGAGGCAAGUUUCUCCCCGUUGCAAUCGUUAAUAGAAAUGCUAACUGUUUCUCAGGAUUCCUCGCACAUAUCGAAAGUGACUUUGUAUCAGAUGAUCGAACUGUAUCUGCGAUUGUGCCAUAAUGACGGAAUUGAUGAGCCGGAAGCUCUCUAUCUUACGCUUAGUACUAAACCGACUAUUGCCGCUGAAGUAUCCGAUCUUCUUGCAGCUGCCAAUCAAGGAAAGGGCCUGUCUGAGAUCCAUUCGUGGGAUGACUAUCAGGAAGUAGAAGCGGCUUCUCCGGAUAAUUUCCAAGAAAGUAACCACGACGAAGGCCAGGAAAGGCUGCAGCAUAAUGUCCCGGAAGUUGAAGAUACGCAUCAGUCUGAGGCACAAGAAGUUUCUCACGAGAACCCUAGUGUUCAUUCCCCGGAUGCUGUGGAGAGUCACAAGGGUGAACAAGAACUCGACUCUGGAGCUGAGCCCACUCCUGGCAAAUCCGAAAUUGCCGAAGAGAAUGUUGUAGCGGAAGUUACCGGAUCCGAAACUCUAGAAGCCCACAAUGAAGAGCCCCAUGAUGACAGAGCGUAUGGUUCUGAGCAGAGCACAGAAUCAACCGGCACUAUUUCUCCAAUGCCUACAGCUGAUGUGAUAGGCGCACAGCAGUAUGAUGAUGGGAUUACUAAUAUUCCUCAUGAGAACCCGACCGAUCAUGUUGCUCACGGUGAUCAUCAAGAGAAUGAGGACAUUGGCGACGAAGGUAGUCUGGAAGUCGACCCGGCGGUUUCUGCAAAACCUGAAGACCUCCAAGAAGCACAGCAUGAUGCUAUUAAUGAAGUCCAUGAUAAUAAUGCCCCGGAUCCUGUUGUGUGUGAAUUUCACAAGGAGUUAUCGGAUGAGGAUUAUGAGUCUACUCAUCCUGAAGACAACCCAGGGAUCACCCAGGACCAUGAUGACUAUACUAAGGAGACAUUACCCGAGGAUGAUGGUGGCCCUGCACCUGAAGAUUCUGAGCCUGCAUUGGAUAGCAUUACCUCGGGUAUCCCAGCUCAACCUCCUACGGAGCUAGCGGAUGACUCACUAGAUAUCGCAGAGGGCCUGCCGAAGAGUCCUGCCGAAGGCGCCAUAUUGAACAAGAAUGUCGAAGCAACUAUCAAUCCCUUUGCCCAAGCGGAUGAGGAAGCAGAGCACGCCACGUCGGUAGAGCUUCCCAAGGACGAAACCGAGGAGUUGACGUUCGAUGACGAGGAAGAAUUUUUGGACUUGGGCAUUGCAGAUGAAUUCGACUUCGCGGAUGAAGAACCAGCCAUGCAAUCACCUGCACCUGCGCCCACCAAGCGGCAACGUGAACCAGAAGACGAAGUUGAACUGGUUGAAAGUCCCACUCCGGAUGCCAAACGUUCCCGGUCCUCAUGA